CGCGCUACGUCAUACAAUCCCAUGGUCCAACAUUUCUCUGAACGCUGCAGAUUUGGUAAGGAUUUUGAGUGUUUAAUUUUAUAAUCCGCUGGAAUGAAAGUGCAAAGGAAUUACGACCCGACCCUGCAUCCUUUUGAGGGGCCCAGAGAAUACACCAGGGCCCACUAAACUGGAGAGAGUGUUUGCCAAACCCUUUGUAGCUUCACUAGAUGGACACAGAGCACAUCAGCUGCAUCACCAAACACAACAAAAGCAUGUCAACAAUCAUCUGUGGUGCCUGCGAUGGGGAGGUAGAGGAUGACAAGAGCAUCAAACAGUGGAACAUAGAGGCCCCGGUGCAUGGAGUUCGGGAGGAACCAAUUAACAUGAUUCUGGGAAAGGUGUACCACACUAAACAUAUGCAGCAUGUCAUCUGUGUGAGAUGGUCUGCUGACAACAAAUAUGUCCUGAGCGGCUCUGACGAGAUGAACAUUCGUCUAUGGAAGGCCAACGCCUCGGAGAAGCUUGGACUGACAAAAAUCUCAUUGUUCACAGCUGCCACAAACUACAACAAGAAGCUGAUAGAGAAAUUUCAGCACCAUCCACAGGUGAAACACAUCGCCCGUCACCUCCACCUGCCCAGAGACGUCCUGAAGCAGAAGAGAGAGCUGCGGGAAAUGAAGGAAGCCUGGCGCAGGAAGGAACAAAACGUCCGCAAACACAGGAAGCUGGGAUUUGUUCCUCUGCUGACAGAAAAGGAGAAGCAUGUGGUGGCUGUCAUGGAGCAAGAGCUGAUUUAAAGAGGUGCUUUCGGUGGACGUGUUUCUGUUUCUCCACACACGGACGUGCUCCAAAAUAUUCCACCCUUUGGCCUCUGUUGUACUUCCAUACUAAGGUUUUGAGUGUGCACAAGAACUGUCAGCAUACUGCUGUUUGCUACACAUUUCUAAAGAAUUUUACAUGGACACACACUGAGCUCUCUUUAUAAUUGGUUGUAUAUGAACAAUGAAAACAUCUUUGUUUGUGAAUAUUCCUGUUUCCAGUUAGCCUUCACUCCAAACCCACUGGGUUACACAAUGACACAUUGAUGUAAGUAAAUAGGACUGUUCCAAAUGUUUCUAUAACAGUGGUACUAGUGAAUGUGUUACCAGCACCUGCUACCAUUAUCUGUAUCACUAUGUAAAUUAAUUCAUAUAGAUUUACCUUAGAGCAAGGUUACCUUGUAGGUGUUCUUACAGGAUCAUAUAUUGUCUGAUGGUGAAGUGCAGUAAUUGCAAGGUAAAGUUGGUAAGUACUGUAAAGUGUCAGUUGUCUCAGCUGUUCUCAUAUACAGCCUUAAAUGCAAGCCUGAUGUUUUACAGUGUUUGUGUUAUGUAAUUUGUGUUUGUGAAGGUAAACCAGCAAUGUUUUCACAUCCUAUAAACAAUUUAAUUCUUUAAUAAGAUAUAAAAUACACUUCACCUUUUUAGCCCAUAAUCCCAUCAUCUCAAUCUGCUCUCGUUUAAAGCUCAUCUACAGUCAGCGCAAGCCAAAGGUGUGAGAAACUGAGGGUCAGGAGUGAAAAUAUACAGUCAGAAACAGGUGCUUUGAACAAUACUAUGGUAACACUAUAAUUUUAUUAAAUUAUUUACAUUGUAUAAUGUUGAACAGGUCAGUAUCUGAGAGAGCAGAAUUUCAUGUUUUAGUGUUUUGAAGGUGCACUGAAUUAGUAAUGUUUAAUAUGAUGUUAAUAAAGGUUGUGCUACAUUUU